AUGGCCCCAAAGCUGGAAGAAAUUGCCCAAAGCAAGAGGGUGUAUACAUUUGUGGGGAUCUUUACCGAAAUGGACGGAGAACUACAAUAUGAAUAUCAUGUUGUGAAGUCAGCGGUAGACGUCGCUGUUAAGAAAGCGCAAACCAUGUAUCCUGCUUUACGAUUUCGAAUAACUUCAUACAACAGCUCUUCAAGAAGCAUUAACGCCCAUGCAGUGGUUCUGGCAGCCAAAGAACACUGCAGUCAGCAAGUUAGUUGUUUCGUUGGGCCUAGUGCUUCACCUGAAUUGGAACCUGUGGCAAAAAUGGCCGCCUCGUGGAAUACGCCGAUAUGCACUGCGGGAGGAAUGGACGUCGAAUUCCUGGACAAAAGAUUAUUUUCUACACUUCUGAGAAACGGCAUAAUUUUAUCACGUCUCGUCCACUUUGUCAUGAUAUACUUUCACGUCUUUGACUGGCAUCGAAUCGCUGUGUUGUACGACGACACCGACAGGUGGGUUUUCAUCAUUAUUGGAACUGGAGAGACAGUCCGAGAGAUCUUGUUGGCAGCCUAUGAUUUGGGAAUGGGGAAUGGGGAGUAUGCAUUUUUGAGUGUUGAGCUGUUCAACAACAAGAAAGCCUUUGGAGAAUUCACGUGGUACAAGAAAGACGACCCACGGAACAAUGAAGCCCGAAAGAUGUAUGAAUCUCUUCUACUUGUGACGGUUCGAGUACCGACGGGGAAAAAAUACACACAGUUUGUCCAAGACGUUAUAGAGACAUCUAAGGCAGAAUUUAACAAACCAGUGGACGAAAGUUUGGUGAAUGUCAUUGUUGCAGGAUUCCACGACUGUGUACUGAUGUACGCCGCUGCUCUAAACAAGACUUUGGAGGAGGGAGGAGACCCACGUGAUGGAUAUAAUCUGAUAAGAAGAAUGUGGAACAACACAUUCAAAGAUGGUCUGACAGGGGACAUCUACAUUAACUCAAACGGUGACCGAGAAGCUGACUACACGUUGAAUGACCUUGACCCUUCGACUGGGGAGAUGAGACCCGUUGCUACAUACUUCGGUGCCAAACAAAUGUUUGAGAAAAUUCCAGGAGUAAAGAUCCAUUGGCCAGGUGGUUGGACUGGCCCUCCUCCAGACGUUCCACGUUGUGGGUUUACAGGGGAUUCAGCUCAAUGUAAGCAAGAAGAGCCAUUUCCAGUGUAUGGCUACAUCAUGAUUAUCGCUCUGGUCAUCAUCCUUAUUGUUGUGAGCGCUGGACUUGUGAUCUACAGGAAAGUAAAACUGGAGUCGGAACUGAACAGUCUGUGGUGGAAAGUCCGAUGGGAUGAAAUCAUGUUUCACGACGGGAAAGUAAAAUCACUGGCCAGCAUUGGUGGAAGUGAAGACAGUAUUUCUAUAGCAUCUAAUAGACAAGGUGCUAAAUCACAAAUGGAUGGCUUGACCAACAGUGACGCCAUAGGAAUUAAAAUUGGACUUUAUAAG